AUGAAAACACUACAGCUUAUCAGCAGCUUCCUUGCUGCUGGCUGUUUAUAUUUUGGAAAACUUUCAACAGCCUUACCUGCAUCGACUUCUACUACUACUGAUGCAGAUACAACAACAACAAGCGCUGCAUUUGCGUCGGACGCAUACAGCUUGUAUGAAGAAGGAACCUCGACUUCAACGAGCUGGCGUACAUGGCCCACUUUGGACCCUGAGUUGGAUGUCGGCCAUGCUGUCGCUCCUUCUUUUAACUUGACAUACCUUGGCGACACCUGUACAGGCUACAAGGUUUUAAAUGUUUCCGAAAGCUCCAAUGGUGUGCAAGCUACACUUCAAUUGCGCGGUGAAGCAUGUUAUGCUUACGGCACGGAUUACAAAUAUUUACAGCUAAAUGUUAGCUACGAGACUGAGGACAGAAUCCAUGUUGGUAUUUACGACACGGACGGAAAACAAUUUCGCUUUAGUGAGCGCAAAGAUAUUUGGGAUGCUCCUCUUUAUCAUGACGCUUCUUUCCCUAAGGAUCGCAAAUAUGAAUUCCACUACAAUGAGGAUCCGUUCGAGUUUUGGGUUACCCGUACUUCGGACAAUGAUACGUUGUUUGAUACUCGUGGUCAAAAACUCAUCUUUGAGGAUCAAUACAUCGAAUUGACUACAAACAUGGUUCAAAACUACAACAUUUACGGUCUCGCCGAAACAAUACACGGUCUUCGUCUUGGUAACAAUAUCACAAGAACUCUUUGGGCAAAUGAUGAACCUACUCCAUUGGAUCGUAAUAUGUAUGGAAAUCACCCAUUCUACCUUGAGCACCGCUAUGCGAACCAGACAAACUCUGGUAAGGCUUCUUCCCAUGGUGUCCUCUUGCUUUCGUCAACUGGCAUGGAUAUUCUUCUUCGUGAAAACUAUCUCCAAUACCGUGUCAUCGGUGGAGUUGUUGAUUUAUACAUCUUUGCCGGUGGUUCGGAGGGUCCUAAAAAUACAAUUUCUUCUUACGUAAAUGCCGUUGGUCUACCUGCUAUGCAACAGUAUUGGACACUUGGUUAUCAUCAAUGUCGCUGGGGAUACGAAAGCCUUUCUAAGCUUGAAGAAGUUGUUGAAAACUUUGAAAAGGCAAACAUUCCUCUUGACACCAUUUGGGGUGAUAUCGACUAUAUGUACGAAUGGCGCGAUUUCACUCUUGAUCCUGUCUCCUAUCCAGCUGAACAAUUCCGCCCUUUCCUUGGUAAUCUUUCAAAAAAUCAUAAGCACUACGUUCCUAUUGUUGAUGCUGCUGUUUACGCCGCAAACCCUUCCAACAAGUCUGACGAUACUUAUUAUCCAUUCUACGAAGGUGUUGAAAAGGACAUCUUCCUUAAAAAUCCUGACGGUUCUUUAUACAUUGGUGCGGUUUGGCCCGGUUAUACUGUUUUCGCUGAUUUUAUUAAUCCCAAUUCUACUGAGUACUGGAAGAAUUGCUUGUACAAUUGGUCUCUCCAAAUGACAGAUGAAGGCCUCGCCUUUGAUGGUCUUUGGCUCGACAUGAACGAAGUAUCAUCCUACUGUGUCGGCUCUUGUGGUACGGGAAAGCUCGAUCAAAAUCCUAUACGUACACAAACUGCCUUUUCCGGUGAGAUGUAUAACUAUAUCUUUGAUUAUCCCGAGGGUACAGAGUACACAAAUGCUUCAGAGUACCAAGUUGCUAUGCAAGGCCAAAGAUUGCAAGACGCCGCUACAAGCACCGCCGUUAUUAUCCCAACUGCGUCCCCCUCUACCAAGGCAAAGAAGAAUGAGGACCGCAACAUCAAUUACCCUCCCUACGCUAUCAACAAUGAGCAAGGAAAUCACGACAUUUCUAAUCAUAUCGUGGGUGUGAACGCUACCUCCUAUGAUGGAACUGCCCGUUACGAUAUUUUCAACAUGUAUGGUUACGGCGAAACGAAGGCUACGUAUCGUGCAUUACUUGAAUUGGCUCCCAAUGUCCGCCCUUUCGUAGUCCCUCGUUCUACGUUCCCUGGUUCCGGUGUUUACGGUGCACAUUGGCUUGGUGACAACCAUUCUAAGUGGUCUAACAUGUUUUUCUCCAUCCCGGGAGCGAUGAUUUUCAACAUGCUCGGUAUUCCCAUGGUUGGUGCUGAUGUCUGUGGUUUCAUGGGUAACAGCAACUAUGAAUUGUGCUCUCGUUGGAUGGCAAUGGGUGCUUUCUUACCUUUCUAUCGCAGUCAUAACACUCUUGGUGCUAUUAGUCAAGAGCCCUACAUCUGGUCUUCCGUUGCAGAAGCCUCUCGCCGUGCUAUGAAGAUUCGUUAUGCUAUGCUUCCUUAUUGGUAUACUUUACUUUACCAGGCGCACGCUCAAGGAACUCCUGUUUUCCGUCCUAUGUUCUUUGAGUUCCCCGAAGAACCUUCUCUUGCUGAUGCUUCUCGUCAAUUUAUGGUCGGUGAUGCCUUCCUCGUUACUCCUGUCUUGGAGCCUAACACGACUACUGUUGACGGCGUCUUCCCUGGCGACAACUCUACCGCCUGGUACGACUGGUAUACACACGAGGCUGUCAACCAGCCUGCUUUGACUACAUACGAAACUCGUAACAAUCCUUGGGCUCUUCUUGUUGCCCUCAACCCCAAUGGCAAUGCCGAUGGUUUCUUGUAUGCUGACGAUGGCGUUUCAAUCACUCCUAAUGCUACUCUUAGUGUGUCGUUCAGUGCUCUCAACAAUACCCUCUCAACGUAUGUCAGCGGCACCUAUGCUGUUGAACAACCCCUUGCCAAUGUUACUGUUCUUGGGGUUUCUUCUGCUCCUCAGUCCGUCUUUUUCAAGGGACAGAACAUUUCCUCUUAUGAGUAUAAUAACGACAAGCAAGAGCUUGUUAUCACAAAUCUUGCCAACCUGACUUCCCAAGGUGCAUUUAACGAAAAUUGGACCUUGACUUGGUAG